GUUAGCCAACAUGGCGAUCAUGUAACGCAAACGGACAGCGUUAAGUGCCAUCAAAAUGAGGGUCCCUCGAUGCGGCAUGGGGCUCAGGCGAUCCUACCUGGUUUGGCCAAUCCUGCUGCUUCUCCUGGUUGGUGCAGCUCUGACCGCUCUGCUGCCCCCUGCUGAGGACCAAGGAGGCGUGGGUGUCCUGGGGGUGCUACGCAGGGCAACAUCACAGAAGGAGAAUCCUGCACAGGGUCGCCAUGGUGACAGCACAGAGGAGGAGCAGAGGUUCACCGUCAUCAUCCAAACUUACAACCGCACAGACAUUUUGCUCAAACUUCUAAACCAUUACCAGGCAGUGCCUCAUCUUCAGCAGAUUAUUAUAGUCUGGAACAAUAUUGGGGAGCAGACGCCCCUAAAGUUAUGGAACUCUUUGGGGCCUCAUCCGGUGCCUGUGGUCUUCAAGGAGCAGACAAGCAAUCUAAUGCGCAACAGACUACAGGCAUUCCCUGAGAUUGAUACUGAUGCUGUGCUGAUGCUGGAUGACGACACCCUAGUCAGCGUUCCUGACAUCAGUUUUGCUUUCUCUGUCUGGAAGCAAUUUCCAGAUCAGAUUGUCGGGUUUGUUCCACGGAAACAUGUCUCAACAUCAGGAGUGUACAGUUAUGGCAGCUUUGAACUGCAGGACCCAGAAACAGCUGGAGGUGACAAGUACUCCAUGGUGUUAGUUGGUGCUGCCUUCUUCCACCGCCGCUACCUGCAGCUCUUUCAGGACCAACCACAAGCAGUGCACGCGCUGGUGGAUGAAACACAGAACUGUGACGACAUUGCCAUGAACUUUGCAGUAGCGCUGUAUCUGAGGAAACACUCUACAGGCAACAUUAACAAACCCUCUGGGGUCUUCGUCAAACCUGUGGAUCUUCGCAACCUGGAAAAGGAUGCCAGCAGUGGGUACCAGGGCAUGUGGCAUCGUCCUGAGCACCUUCUCCAGAGAUCCUACUGUCUGAACCAGCUGACACAGAUCUAUGGCUCCAUGCCACUCUGCUUCUCCAACCUGAUGGUCUCCCAGUUUGGCUUCCCCAGCUACGCCAACCACAAGAGUAAAGGCUGAGGAGCUGCCACGUCGCUGAUUGUUUUCGAUUGAAAGACUCAAGUAACAGUCUGGUUAGUCUGUUUUUGAUUAAUAACACAUCACAUGUUUAGGCUCAGGAUAAGUUUUACACUGAAGCUUGAUUACAUUAUUCAAAAAACAGCCAUGUUUCAGCAGAGGGUGAAUACAGUAUAAAAGGUUUUUAUAAGAAUAUUUUGCUUAGUGCUUCUGCCCAGUGUUUUGCUUUUUUUGCUUUUUUUAUGACACUUAGCAGUUUCACCAUUACAUCUGUAGGACUUUCAUGGAUUUUGGACAAUCAGAAUGGACCAGUCUGAAGAAGGAAACGUCCAUAUUGAUGAGGUAAUCUGUAUAUUGUUACCAAAGCUGCCUUUCUUCAGUAUGAGCAACUCUCUCAGUGGAUUUUAGUAUAGCUGCUUUGUAGCCAGCAGGUGUCAAAUGAGUUUUGACAUUUUGCCUUGUUUGUAACUAUGACACUGUCUUUGUCAAAUUUUGGUAUUACUCUUUGUAUUGUUGUGUAUGGAAUGUGUCUUUUUUCUGGUGCGCUUGUUGACAGUAAGUACUUAUUUAAAAUACAUGUUAGAAGUUGGCCAAAAAAAGUCCCCACCAAAGUGCGAAAAAGUUGAAUUAUUGCAGGUAUUCUGUGCAUUAUAACAUAAUAUUUGUGUACAAUGCUAUGCAUGUGUGGACAAUCUUUUUUUAACAUGUGUGCGCAUGUGUCAAGCUUGUAAAAAUGUGUCAUGUGAUUCAGUAAAAUA